GGCACAAUCCUCCCACUUUGUGAGUCAUGAGCUCGAAGCCUAGAACAACCAGAAUAAUCACGUGCUGCCUCUAUUGGGGGCCUAUCGUAUUCCAGCGGUAGGGAAUUUCCCAUCCAAGGCUGCAACAGGCAGCAGCCGGCCAGUCACAGUAUAUCAGGAGCGUGCGCGCUGUUUCUGAAAGACACCACAACAACCUUUCCUCUCAUCUGAUCAAUCCUCGAACAAGAACAAACAACGAUGCGCCACGUGUGUGGUUGUUACAUUUCCCAUCCCGGGACGCGGGAGCGAACAUAUCUCCCCCAGAUUAAGGUUGACGCUCACACCACAAUCAUCUCCACCGCUGCCCGCACCACCUUGACGCAGACCUUCGUGAACCAGUCCAAGGAAUCGUUGGAUGAGAUCCGGUAUGCAUUCCCGUUGUUCGAUGGCGUCAGCGUUGUCGAGUUCUUUUGCCAAAUUGGUGAGCGUACCAUCUAUGGCCUAGUCAAGGAGAAGAACGAAGCCAAGAAAACCUACAACAACGCUAGGGAGAGCGGCGAGACCGCAGCGCUGCUUGAGCAAUUGGAUGACGCAGCGGACGUCUUCACAACUGCUGUUAGUAACAUUCCCGGAGGCGAAUCCGUACAUGUAUCCAUCAAAUACAUCCAAGAGCUGAAGCACGAUGCCGAAGUCGAUGGGAUUCGUCUUACCAUGCCUGUGUCCAUCUCGCCCCGUUACGGAUCCUAUCCCGGAAAGCUCCAAGAGACAUCGGCCGAGAUUGAUUCGAAGGGCAUCUCCAUUACGGUGGAUGUCAAGAUGGCACAAGGUAUUCCCAUCAAGAAGGUCAUUUCGCCAUCACAUCCCAUCGAAGUAACGCUUGGGUCGCUCUCAACAAGUACCAUUGAUGAGGACGCCUUGCUCUCACAAGGUUCAGCAACGCUUUCUCUAGGUACCACAGGCCUGGAUAAGGACUUCGUGUUACAGGUCGUUGCAAAAGACGUCGGCGUACCUCAGGCGAUCCUGGAGACACACGCGACGCUCCCCAAUCAGCGAGCAUUGAUGACCACACUGGUACCGAAGUUCAAUCUCAAGUCGCAAAAGCCCGAGAUCAUCUUCAUUGCGGAUCGAUCGGGUAGCAUGGGCGGUCAGAUCCCGACGCUGGUGUCGGCACUCAAAGUCUUCCUGAAGUCGAUUCCUAUCGGCUGUAUGUUCAACAUCUGCUCAUUCGGUAGUAGCCACUCGUUCCUUUGGGAAAAUAGUCAGUUGUAUGGCCAAGAUACACUGGAGGAGGCUAUUCGACAUGUAGAAGCGUUCGGGGCCAAUUUUGGCGGGACUGAAACACUGAACGCGGUCAAGGCCUGUUUCGAAGCUCGCAACACCGAACUUCUUACCGAGCUCAUGCUCCUUACCGAUGGUGACAUCUGGUCCCAAGACCAGCUGUUCGACUACAUCUCCAAGAACACAAAGAACGGCAGGGUCCGUGUCUUCCCCAUGGGUAUAGGUGGGGGUGUGUCAAGUGCGCUGAUUGAAGGCGUCGCGAGGGCCGGAAGAGGCUUCGCUCAGAUGGUUGCAAAUAACGAGAAGCUCGAUAGCAAGAUCGUUCGUAUGCUGAAGGGUGCACUCACUCCCCAUAUCCAGGACUACCGUCUCGAGGUCAGAUACGAAGAUGACAGCGUGGAGUCUGUUGCUGACAGCCUUCGUAUCAACCUCAACCUUGACAACGACAGCAACAACGAACAUCAUGAGAAUGUUGCGGACUUCAACGCGAAGCCCAUCUCACUCUAUAACCCGAGCGUGGAAGAAGAUCAUCCCAAGGACGGCGAGUCGAAUGACAUCUUCGCAGGUCUACCGGAGCUAAAGCGCCCAACACUUUUGCAGACACCCCACGAGAUACCAGCGCUCUUCCCGUUCAACCGUACUUGUGUCUAUCUCCUCAUGUCUCCAGAGUCAUCACAUUUGCAACCAAAGAGUGUUGUCCUCAAGGGCAGUUCACCCCAGGGCCCGCUGGAGCUCGAAAUUCCGGUCGAAGUACGCAAAGAGGCGGACGAGAUGAUUCAUCAGCUUGCUGCCCGUAAAGCAACACAGGAGCUCGAAGAGGGUCAUGGAUGGCUAUCCGAGGCUACUGUUGGUGAUACUGACGUUCUGUUCAAGAAGAAAUACGGCUCUCAGUUAACUUUGCUUCAGAGACGCGAGGCUGUCCGUCUUGGAGUGGAGUUCCAGGUCGGCGGCAAGUUCUGUUCAUUUGCAGCCGUAGAGUCUAACGAUGCCGAAAUCGCUGAGAAACGAAAGAAAGCACUAGAUUCAACCAUCAACCGGAGCAAUUUACCGGGUGAAGACGACUGGCAGGUCUUGGAGCAUGGCCAAGCCUUCAGAUCGCCGGUUGCCGCUUCGUUUGGUGGCGAUACACGAUUUUCCAGUGGACCCGCAUCUGCGUCGGCAAGCUCUGUGUUCUUUCGUAUGUCCCGUGGACCUUCAUCUGCGUCGGCAAGCUCUGGGCUCUUUGGUAUGUCCCAUGCACCUACGUCUAGAUCGGCAAGCUCUGGACUCUUUGGUAUGUCCCGUGGAGGCCGCGGUGGCGGCGGCUUUGGUCGUAGUGGCGGCGGACGAGGCGGGUACCUUCAUUCAAGCACCCUCCUCCAGCGCCUCAUCGCGCGGCAGUCUUUCGAAGGCUCAUGGGAAGCUAUCAACAAGCUCCCGUUAGAUGAGAUGAACAUCGCCCGCGACGCUGCUAGCCUAGUUAACGCUCAAAUCAACGAGCCAAACUCUGAGCAGCUUCUGACUACUGCAAUUGUGGUCUUGUUUCUGGAGAAGAAGAUGCAAUAUGAGGAGGAAACUUGGGAGUUGGUUGUUGAAAAGGCGCGCGCUUGGCUUGAAAGCCAGGUGGUGGCGGGGGACAUGCUGAAUCGGGUGUGGCAGUUGGCUGAGGGUAUUGUUGGAAAGAAUUGAGUAGACACCCGGGGCCUACGUUGACGUCAGGCCACCUGUUUUGCAUUAUCUUGUCUUAACGUAGGCUGCAGACCUGGUUAGUGCUUUUGUUUUUGUAUGAGGAGUGCGCGUGUCUGGGAUCAAAAAGGGAUGACUAGAUGCCUAUCUUUACCGCCUACGUAGAAGUCUCAUUCUCAUACACCAUAUGACAUGCUCAAUGAAAGAAUAUACAUCGUCUUGAAU